GCUAUACAGGCAACUCCCAUCAGUCCCUUUCCGACUCGCUCCGGUUGCUAAUAUCACAUGAUAUCAAAACACCGAGCCCCUGACGAGCGCCCGCCCGCAGACGCAGAGCACACUGAGCUCCGGUCCUGGAACCCAGCGAGAAUCUGCCAUGAAGACGCUGCUGAUCCUUGUGGCCGUGUUGGAAGCCACCGCCACCGUCACGGAACCAGGAUGGAUCUACGGCCCCGAGAGAAUUGAAACCGACCGGGGCUACGGAGACCACAACGGCCCCGACACCUGGCCGGACAUGCAUCCGAUGUGCGGCGGCUCCAAGCAGUCCCCCGUGGCGCUCGACACACGCCAAGCUCUCCUGAACACCUCUAGGGCACCCUUCGAGUUCACGGGCUACAAUUCCUUGCCGCCCUUCAUGGAAGUCACCAACACGGGGCACGCAGUCGAGAUCAACUCUACGAUCCAAGCGUCUGUGUCUGGCGGGAACCUGCCCGGCAAGUACAUCUUCUCGCAGGUCCACUUCCACUUCGGCUCCGAGCACACCGUGAAUGGCAACAGGUUCCCGGCGGAGGUUCACUUGGUGCACUACCUGGAAAGAUACGGCAACUUUAGUGAGGCACUGAAACACGACAACGGGGUGGCGGUGCUGAGCGUGAUGCUGGAACUGUCCUCGGAGGACAACCCACUUCUCGAUCCCAUCGUUAACGCUCUCACAAAGAUAACCAAGCCAGGAGAGUCUGCCUCCAUCACCCCCUUCCCCCUAUCGUGCAUCCUGCCGAAGAACACUGACAGAUUUUUCCGCUACGAUGGCUCCCUCACCACCCCGGAGUGCAACGAGGUGGUGGUGUGGACGGUCUUCCUUGAAACCGUCCCCAUAUCGACGGCCCAGCUGGAGGAAUUCAGGAAACUGAUGGGCGCUCAUGGAGAACCCUUGGCAGACAACUUCAGGCCCACCCAGGAACUCAACGGUCGCCAGGUGUACGUACAUGUACCAAGAGCCAUGCCAGCUGCCCGUCCCGUCACACGUAUAUAUCCUGACAUCUCGCACAAGCAGAGUACAGUCAACCCGUUGUCACUUUUACACUUUUAUCAGAGCGGGAGGCAGAUUUCCACUUCCUCAGCCUUUCCCUUGAAGUUCGCUCUGAACCUGUCACAGCGACCCUACCCAAUCCGAUCCUACCCAAUCCGAUCCUACCCAAUCCGAUCCUACCCAAUCCGACCCUACCCAAUCCGACCCUACCCAAUCCAACCCUACUCAAUCCAACCCUUCCCUUCCUAUAAAAAAAAGUGGCGCCUCUUACGUAGGUAGAGAGAGAGAGAGAGAGAGAGAGAGAGAGAGAGAGAGAGAGAGAGAGAGAGAGAGAGAGAGAGAGAGAGAGAGAGAGAGAGAGAGAGAGGGGAAGCAGUCUUGUAUUUU